AUGUCUACUCUCCGCCACGCUUCGAACCGAGCCGGCCUCCAGGUUCUGUGGGUCCACCAUGGCCUAGUCUACCGUCAUCCUCUAAAUUUAACCUCAGCUCCGUUGCAGAUUCUCGGGGCCAUUCCAACACCCACGACAGGAAGGGGUCUACAACGCACCUAUGUCCUUGAAGCCCAUAAGCCUAGUUACACCAUGCCGCUCAACCUCGGCACCCAGAGUGACCCUGACAGCCGUUAUGCGAUAAACACAGAUCGGCACGAGUACUCCCAGUCCGGAUCGGACAAUGCUGUUGCGUCACAGCAGGCAGCGUGGGACCUCAACAACCGCACGCCGGAGAAGGUAAGGGAAGCUUCGCUGGCCGAAGCUAUGCACGAUGGGCACAGCAAGAUGGGUCCCCUGGAAGUCAGUCCUGCGAACCGUGAUGUCUCGCAAUAUACGAAUGAAGCUGGCAGGGGUGAGUUCGUGGAGAAAGGGCCCAGUCGCAGGGUGUCACCACUUAAAGGGAUAAAGGUCAAUUUUAGUGGCGUGAUCAUUAAUGAGAAAGGGGAGCCUUUGCUCAAGUGA